UUUUUUGUUUUUUUUUGUUUGUUUCUCUUUGCAGUGAGACUAAGAAAUAAGGAAAAUAUACCACAAAAACUGGAACACAAGCAUACGCGUUUGUGCGAGAGAGAAAGGGGUUAAAAAGAACAUUUGGAGAGUUCCACUAUGGAAGAAAAUGAUCGGAGCAACAGAGAUGUGGAGCGCCAGGAUUCGGGCGAUGAGUCCAACAGAGUUAUUUUACCCCUGUUGCAGGCUCCUGGAAACCUUCUCCCUCACAGAAUCACCAACUUUUACAUCGACAACAUUUUGAGACCAGACUUUGGUCGCAGGAAAGAAGGAACCAGGCGCGACGAAAUUAAUAUAGUUGAAAGAGAGAACCGCUGUCCAUCGGCUCCCGGAUCAGGGCAGGUAGGAGCUCCAGUUUCAGGGGAAGGAACCUCGAGCCCUCCUCCAGUGAGCGCAUCUAAAAAAACUGAUAUUACCGCAGACACACAUCUGAAGCCCCGUGCAGAGACUGGAGAUCAAUGUUUAAGCUCAGAUUCGGAUUGCUCGCAAAGUAACGCUGCUCAGAGGAACCAACCAAUCCUUUGGCCGGCUUGGGUAUAUUGCACAAGAUAUUCAGACAGACCUUCAUCAGGACCAAGAUCCCGCAAACCAAAGAAGACAAAUCCAACCAAGGAAGACAAGCGUCCGAGAACAGCCUUCACAGCGGAGCAACUCCAGAGACUCAAGAACGAAUUCCAGAAUAACCGUUACCUGACGGAGCAGAGGAGACAAGCUCUGGCCCAGGAACUAGGCCUCAACGAGUCUCAAAUCAAAAUCUGGUUUCAAAACAAAAGAGCGAAGAUUAAAAAAGCGUCGGGGAGCAAAAACUCACUUGCAUUGCACCUGAUGGCACAGGGACUAUACAAUCACGCCACAGCAACAAAAGACGACAAAUCAGACAGUGAUUAACGUAAAGGACAGGACGUCUGAAAUGCAAUAAUUCUAAACAAGGGCCAGUGUACAAAAAACCAGCAUUAAACGGAUGAAAACUUUAUGUAUGAGAUUUGAUUCUGCAAUAUUAUGUAUAUAUAUAAUUUGUGUACAGUGGUGUAAAACAUUUUCAAUUAAUAUCACUGUUGCACAAUUACUGAAACUUCAGAUGCAGUGCGCGAGGAAAAGGACGCUUCUUUAUUUAAAAAAGGGGGAGUGAUUUGAUCGACACUUGACGUUGAGCCACAAGUGAACAUGUUUAAUCCAUGCUGAAGUCCAAAGAUUUUUCCUGCUGCAUUCAGGCGACUGUGAUUUAAAAUAAAUGGUAAAAAUGUUUUAUCUGA